GUGUCACCUAGGAAUUGCACAAUCAAUCUCCUAAACAAUUGAUAAGAGAAAUAUGCCUUUCUGAAUUUUCUUCCAUUCAACACAGGUCAGAAUGAUUUCUAUCGCAGUGCUGAUUUUUAUGAUAACUUAUGUGCAAGGGGAGUUACUUCCCCUGGAGUUGACGACAACUGCAGGAUGUUAUUACCACGGUUCCUACUAUCCAGUUGGUUCCUUUAACCCGACUCCAUGCGAAUAUUGCCAGUGUACCACCAGUGGACAGGCUAUGUGCGCCAUUGCUGACUGCGUUAUGACACCCUGUGUUGACCCGAUUCAUGAAAAGGAUAAGUGUUGCCCAACGUGUCCAAAUGGUCAUAACUGCAAGGCACCAGAUGGACACAUAAUAAAAGUCGGGGAUACCUAUCACAUGGACCACUACACAACUUGUCAUUGCGACAGUCACCAAUGGGGAUCCAACCUGGCUGUUUGUGCUCACAGACAUCCCCCACAUCAUGAUGGGUGAUUCUAAUGUUGGAUAAUUCAAAUAAAGGUGUUCUGUC